GUCCGAUCAAACAGUUGGCUGAUUCCGAUUCCAAGCCCUUGUUCCCGCAAACAAAAUGGGUCCUUCCUUAGACCAAACCAAUGGUCACUCUUGGGCACUCUAUUCAUUAAGGUACAUUGGUAAGAAUAGUCACAGAGAACAUGGAGAGCAGGAUUGAAGAUAGGCUUCUUGUAACAGAGAAGGAUGAAACAGGGAAGUUGAGAGAAAGGAUUUGGGUAGAAACAAAGAAGCUUUGGAGGGUUGCAUUUCCUUCUAUAAUCACAAGAAUAACAUCAUUUGGAAUCAUUGUUGUAACACAAUCAUUUAUGGGUCAUAUUGGUGAAACUGAGUUGGCUUCAUAUGCACUAGUUCAAAGCAUCCUUAUACGAUUUAUAAAUGGAUUACUGUUGGGAAUGGCAAGUGCUCUUGAAACUUUAUGUGGGCAAGCAUUUGGAGCUAAACAAUACAACAUGAUGGGCAUCUACUUACAGCGAUCAUGGGUUGUUCUGUUUAUCACUUCUUUCAUUUUGUGUCCUUUCUUCAUAUUCAGUGCUCCCAUUUUCAGACUUCUUGGCCAAGAGGAGGAGUUAUCAAGAGUUGCAGGAAAAAUUGCUCUAUGGUUUCUUCCUAUUAUGUACUAUUUUCUCUUUACCAUGACAAUGCAAAUGUUCUUGCAAGCCCAACUCAAAAACAUGAUCAUUGGAUGGUUAUCUACUGCAUCAUUUGUACUUCACUUGAUCUUGUCCUGGCUUUUUGUGUACAAAAUGAAAUUGGGGAUACCUGGUGCUAUGGGUGCAAUGAUAAUCUCUACUUGGUCCAUGGCCAUAGGAGAAUUGUUCUAUGUUUUUGGUGGUUGGUGCCCUCAGACAUGGAGGGGAUUCUCCAAAAGUGCAUUCUCUGAACUUUGGCCUGUGGUGAAGCUCUCUCUGUCAUCUGGUGUGAUGCUUUGCUUAGAAUUGUGGUACAAUGCAGUUCUAGUAUUAUUAGCGGGCUACAUGAAAAAUGCUACAGUUGAUAUAUCUGCUUUCUCAAUUUGCCUCAACAUUACUUCAUGGGAGUUUAUGAUAUCACUUGGAUUCUUGUCUGCAGCUUGUGUGCGAGUAGCAAAUGAAUUGGGAAGGGGAGAUGCAAAAGCUGCAAUAUUCUCAAUUAAAGUCAAUCUAUGCACAUCAUUGUGUAUUGGGUUGUUUUUCUGGGUUCUGGCUUUGAUCUUUGGUCACGUCAUAUCUUAUGCAUUUUCGUCUAGCACAGAGGUUGCCAAAGCUGUGUCAAGUCUUUCCGUCCUACUGGCUUUCUCUAUCUUGCUCAAUAGUAUUCAACCAGUACUCUCAGGAGUGGCUAUAGGUGCUGGUUGGCAAGCUAUAGUGGCAUAUGUCAAUAUUAGUUGCUACUAUAUUGUAGGAGUUCCUAUUGGAAUUAUUCUUGGAUAUGUUGCUGGGCUCCAAGUUAGGGGUAUCUGGAUUGGAAUGAUCUGUGGAGUUGCAUUACAAACUCUUGUGCUUAUAUUUAUUACUUGGAAAACUAAUUGGAAUGAUCAGGUUAAAAAGGCACAUGAACGCCUUAACCGAUGGUUCUUAGCACCUUCUGAGGAGUCCAAUGAGAAUACGAGCCCUUGAUCAGUUACCUGAUUAAUGACUAAAUAAACUGGUGCAACUAAAAGUGAGCUUCAAUCUCAUUCCGGCCAAAAGUUAAGUUUAAUUAAUAGUUUAUUAGCAAGUUUGUAAAGAUCCAGAACAACUCUCUGCAAGUCUUUCAAAUAAAGGAACAGAGGAAAGUAUUAAUGGUUUGCUCCUCAACAAAGGUUAUCCUCCUUACCACCCACAGUGGCAUUUCUGUUCUUGUCCAAGAUCCAACUAUUGAGCUGUUGGUGGAAUUGGUAACAAUGAUCUUGAAUUCUUUCUUAAUCUUUUGUUCAAUUAAACAAACAUUUUAUUGGAUUAAAGUACAAAUACUCUUGAAUCAUCUAAAGUUUAAUUGAUGAUGUUCCUUGGGAUUUUGCUCUUA